AGCUCUGGAAAGGCAGUUUCAGAGCAGGGGCUGAGCAGGGGCUAGGCUAGCCUGCUACUCGCCCCUAACAGCCACCACAGUCAUGGCCAGAGCAGGUUCCAGAAUGGAGCUGCGGCCCUACCAGUGGGAAGUGAUCCUACCUGCUCUGGAGGGCGAGAAUGUCAUUAUCUGGCUGCCCACGGGUGCUGGGAAGACCCGGGCAGCUGCCUUUGUGGCCAAGAGGCAUCUAGAGACAGUGGACAGAGGCAAGGUGGUGGUACUAGUCAACAGGGUGCAUCUGGUGAACCAGCAUGCUGAGGAAUUCAGGGGCAUGUUAGAUGAAUGCUGGACCAUGACAACCCUGAGUGGGGACAUGGGAUCCAGAGCUGGCUUUGGCCAAAUAGCCCGGAGACAUGACCUGCUCAUCUGCACAGCAGAGCUGUUGCAGCUGGCACUGAUCAGUUCGGAUGAGGAGGAACACGUGGAGCUCACAGAGUUCUCGCUGAUUGUGGUGGACGAGUGUCACCACACCCACAAGGACACUGUCUACAACAGCAUCCUGAGCCGGUACCUGGAGCAUAAGCUCCACAAGGCAAAGCCCCUUCCCCAGGUGCUGGGUCUCACCGCCUCCCCAGGCACUGGAGGGGCCACCAAGCUUCAGGGAGCCAUCGACCACAUCCUACAGCUCUGUGCUAACUUGGAUGCAUGGCACAUCAUGUCACCAGAGAAAUGUCGCUCCCAGCUGCUGGCAUACAACCCAAAACCCUGCAAGCAAUAUGACCUCUGCCAAAGGCGCAGACAGGAUCCCUUUGGAGACUUGCUAAAAAAGCUUAUGAACCAAAUCCACCAGCAAUUAGAGAUACCUAACCUGAGCCAGCAAUUUGGGACCCAGACGUAUGAGCAGCAAAUCAUGGAAUUGAAAAAGGCUGCCGCGGAGGCCAGGCAACAGCAACAGCGCGUGUAUGCGCUGCAUCUGCGGCAUUACAACGAUGCGCUGUUCAUCCACGAUACUGUCCGUGCGAGGGACGCUCUCGAAACGCUGCAAGAUUUCUACGACAGAGAGCAGGCCACCAAAAAGCAGCUGCUGCACGCCGAGCGCUGGCUGCUGGAGCUCUUCACGGGCAACAAAAACAUGCUAGCCCACUUAGCGGCUCACGGACCCGAGAACCCGAAGCUGGAGAUGCUGGAGGGGAUCCUGCUCAAGCAGUUUAGGAGUCCCAACUGCCCUCGAGGCAUCAUCUUCACCAGAACCCGCCAGAGUGCUCACUCCCUCCUGCUCUGGCUUCAGCAGCACCCUGGCCUACAGAGUGCGGAUGUCAAGCCUCAGAUGCUGAUCGGAUCGGGGAGUGCCAGCCAGAGCGCACACAUGACUCAGAAAGACCAGCAAGAAGUGAUCCAGGAGUUCAGGGCUGGUACCCUGAACCUCCUAGUGGCCACAAGUGUGGCCGAAGAGGGGCUGGAUAUCGCCCAGUGCAAUGUGGUGGUGCGUUAUGGGCUCCUGACCAAUGAGAUCUCCAUGGUCCAGGCCAGGGGCCGGGCCCGAGCCGAUCAGAGUGUGUACUCCUUUGUGGCGACAGAGGGCAGUCGGGAGCUGCGUCGGGAGCUGACCAAUGAGGCUCUGGAGGUGCUGAUGGAGCAGGCAGUGGCUGCAGUACAGAAGAUGGACCCCAAGGAGUUAAAGGCCAAGAUCCGGGACCUGCAGCUGGCGGCUCUCAUUAAGCGAGCAGCAAGGACGGCCCACCGAGAGAGCCUGCAGCAACAGUUCUCGCCAGAGCAGGUGCAGCUCCUCUGCAUCAACUGCAUGAUCGCCGUGGGCUACGGCAGCGACCUUCGGAAGGUGGAGGGCACCCACCACGUCAAUGUGAACCCCAACUUCUCGACCUACUAUACUACCUCCCAGAAGCCCGUGGUCAUAAACAAGGUCUUCAAGGACUGGAGGCCUGGCAGUUCCAUUAGCUGCAGUAACUGUGGGGAGGCCUGGGGCUUCCAGAUGAUCUACAAAUCAGUGACGCUGCCAGUACUCAAGAUCCAAAGCAUGCUACUGGAGACGCCUCGCGGGAGGAUCCAGGCCAAGAAGUGGUCCCGGGUGCCCUUCUCCGUACCCAACUUCGACAUAUUGCAGGACUGCGCCCAGAGCCUGUCUGAUCUCUCCCUGGACUGACGCCCUUGUGGCUGCAGGGGGCAGGAGAGUCCAGCAAGCCAGCCUCCUUCCUCUGGGCGGCACUCUGGCCAUGGGGUGAUGAGGUACCCUUUAUUCUGCCCCAGUUACUCUUACACACAUUAAAUGGUGCUGGGAAACUGAUACAGAAUUGCUGUAUUGGGAACCGCAGCAUCCCUCCCUUGCCCAGGAAACUUCUGGAUUUUUUCUUUUUUUGAAGCUCUUCAUAAAUUAAAAAUAAAUGAUAAAAUGA